AUGGGAAGAUUCAACAACACAUUUCCUCACCCCAAUGGCUUUGUUCUGGUGGGCUUCUCUGAAUGGCCCAGACUAGAAAUGGUUCUUUUUGUGGCUGUCUCCACUUUUUACAUAAUGACCCUCCUUGGAAAUUCAGCCAUCAUUGUCUUGUCACGCCUUGAUCCCAGACUCCACACGCCCAUGUAUUUCUUUCUGGCUCAUCUCUCUGUUUUGGACCUCUGCUACACCACCUCCACUGUCCCACAGAUGCUGGUCCACAUUCAGAGCCACCAGAGAAGCAUCAGCUACACAGGCUGCAUAGCUCAGCUCUUCAUCUUCCUUGGCUUAGGGUCCACUGAAUGCAUACUUCUCUCAAUAAUGGCCUUUGACCGUUAUGUCGCUAUCUGCCAGCCUCUCCAUUACACAGUGGUCAUGCACUCUCGGCUCUGCCAACAGAUGGCAGCCAUGGCUUGGGGGACAGGUUUCGGUAACUCCUUGGUGCAGACAGUGUUGACUUUCCUGUUACCUCGCUGUGGUCAAUAUCGGGUAGAGAAUUUCUUCUGUGAGGUACCUGCCAUGCUUCAGUUAUCAUGUGUUGAUACAUGGACCAACGAAGUCGAGAUGUAUGCAGCUGUGGUGAUCAUAAAAGUUAUACCUGUUGGAUUAAUUCUGUUCUCUUACAUCAACAUUGUCAGAACAGUGGUUGGGAUCCAAUCUCCUGAGGGUCGCAAGAAGGCAUUCAACACAUGUGGGUCUCACCUGCUGGUGGUCAUUAUGUUCUAUGGGUCAGCCAUUAGUGGUUAUGCAUAUAUGGCGCCCAAGAGCAAUUCAGCCAAAUUGAAGGGCAAGCUUCUCGCACUCUUCUAUGGACUUGUAACUCCAAUGCUCAACCCUCUCAUCUAUACCUUGAGAAACAGGGAUGUCAAGGGAGCAGUAAAGAAGCUACUGGGGAGAGAAGAGCAGGGGUGGAGCAUGGCUUAA